AUGUCUGGUUCCUACGUCCUCCUUCAGUAUGGAACAGACCCAUUCAAUAAUCGUUAUGAGGAUCCCGAAGGAAGACUAGCGUUCUCUUUGUCCCUUGCCUCCCAAUCGCCCAAUCUGGUCAUAAGGCUUGCUCGACAUAUACCUUGGGCUCAACAAUAUCCAAAUGUCAUGGGUCCCGAGAACGCUUACUUUUAUUUCGGUCCAGAAACAAGUCCAGGGUACAUUGUUUAUGGAAAUAACCGGAUUAGUCUUCCAAUGUCGCAUCUGAGUCGGCAGCAAAGAGAAGGGAGCACCUCGCGCUACUUUACUGCCCAAUCAGGCAGACAUUACAAGUGGAGGAUUACACCACACCGUAUGGAGUGCAUGGACGGAAGAACGUGCCUAGCAGUUUGGGAGGCCGUACCAUCUACCGAAUACGACUACGACGCGCGACUUACCCUUAGGCCUUCUGCUCUCAUGCUUAUCACAGAGAUAAUGACGACACUGAUACUCAACCGUAUGUAUCUUGCGCUGAACUGGUAA